UUUUUCUUCUUUCUUUUCCUCUCUCUUUCGCUUCUCAGGAAAGCCUCCAACUCCAAUCCAAAGGAAACCCUCCCUCCAGUCCCGCACAUCUCCAAUGGCGGCCGCCGCGCCGGUGCGCAGGCUUCUCCUCCGCCUCCGCGACCCGCCGCCACUUGCCCUCUCCCUGCUCCUCUCCCGCCUCGCACCCCACCUGCAUCAAACCCCCGCCCCAACACCGGCGCCUCUCCUGCCGGCCUCGACCCAACCCCCGGCCUCGAGCCUCCGCGACGUCCUCUUCUCCUUCCACCCGGGCCUCCAGAUACGCCCGUGUCUAGAUCCGAUCUGCGUGGACGCAGAGGAGGUGGACGGCGGCGGAGGGGCGGCGGCGGAGGUGUGGGCGGACAGCGUCAAGAAGAAACGCAAGCGCAAGAUGAACAAGCACAAGCUUCGCAAGCUCCGGAAGAGACUCAGACGCCAGACAUGAGCUCGAAGGUAUUUGGACUUGAAACCAUGGUCACCAAUUCCGCUACACACUAGUCAUGGCUGAUCACAUGCUACGAGAUUUUGUUUGGCAAAGGAGUUACUUGUUCAAUUCCAGCCAUCAAUUGUUGGGACUAACAGUCUAGAAACUAUGACAGAACUCUAAUGAAAAAUGAGCCAGGAUCAAGCUAGGUUAAGUCUUGAUUUCUGUCAAAUAAAGCUCCAGAUUUGGUUGUUU